AUGCUCUCGACUUGGUUUGACGCUCCAGGAUCACGGUCAUCUCCCCUUGCCAUUGCUGCUUCUACUCAUCCCCUUACGACUUGUAUAGCAUGCUUCGAUGAGCGUUCACUCGCAUUUCAUGCUGUUGGUUAUGGCAGAGGUUCUCGUAAACCUGCAGUAGUCAUAACAUCAUCAGGCACCGCAGUUUCAAAUCUUCUACCUGCGGUUGUGGAGGCUAGUCAAGAUUUUGUACCUCUUCUAUUACUCACUGCAGAUCGUCCUCCAGAGCUGCAAGAUUCUGGAGCAAACCAAGCCAUUAAUCAGGACUUUUUCCCUUCACAAAGUGCUAGCCAUUCCCCAUCAAAAGCUCUAAAUGAGAAGGCAUACACUUUUGACAAGUAA